GAGAGCACUGGGGGGAGUGACGUCACUUUCCUAAACCGGGCAACAGCCGUUGAGUUGAGUCCCGAGCGACAGACAGGCAGGAGUCCGUCCGGGAAACAACUUUUUUAAUGUAUGCGGGCCGAGCCGGGCCAGUGUGUGUUAAGUGUAUGUAUGUUGUGUGUGUGUAGCGACCGGGCUGUUUUUUUUCCUCUCCUUUAUGCAUCCUCCUGCUCGACUGAGCUUAACAACGGCUCGCUGUUUUCUCACCGGCUCGGUAACUAAUCUGUUUUUGGCUCAAAAAGGCGGUUGUGUGUCUCAGUUUCUUUCUUUUUUUUUUUUUUUUAUAUAUGUGUCCAGCCCUCUUGCGACUCCCAGCACCAAGAACCGGCCUUGACGGAGUGAUUGAGUGAGUGACUGUAUGGACCGGACUGAACAUGAAGAGCCUCAAAGCCAAGUUUAGAAAAACUGAUGUCAAUGAGUGGAACAAAAAUGACGAGCGCCUGCUUGCUGCAGUGGAGCAUGGCGAGGUGGAGAAGGUGGCAUCGCUUCUGGCCAAGAAAGGUGCCAGUGCUGUAAAGCUGGACAGCGAGGGAAAGUCAGCUCUUCAUGUGGCAGCUGCACGUGGUCAGACAGUCUGUCUAUCCAUCAUCCUGGCCCAUGGAGCUGACCUGACAAUCACUGAUGCUGCAGGUUUCAAUCCGUUACACCUGGCAGCCAAAAACAAUCACAUCGAGUGCUGUAAAAAGCUCAUUCAGAGUAAAUGCCCCAUCGAUGCUGUAGACAGCUCAGGAAAGGCUGCUCUGCAUCAUGCUGCAUCCAGUGGGAACAUCCAGACCGUCCAACUUCUGUGUGAACUCAAAAGUCCCAUCAACCUGAAAGAUGCAGAUGGGCUUACCCCCUUGCUGUUGUCAGCCAAACAUGCUCAUGCUGAAGUAUGCAGCACUUUGCUGGACUGCGGUGCUGAAAUCAACACUUCUGACAACAGUGGCAGGACAGCCUUAAUGCUGGCCAGUGAGUCCAACGCUGUGUCCGUUGUUGAAGUCUUGGUUCAGAGAGGAGCACAUAUGUCAGCUGUAGAUUCGCAAGGCCACGAUGUCUUACACUACGCCAAGUUGUCGGGAAACACUGAGGUCAAAACUGCCCUAACUGCUGCCCUGAGCAGACAACAGGUCCCAGAUGCAAAGUCUCCUAGAAGUCCUCAGCAUGAUCAAGUAGCUAAGCUAAGUGAUGAACGGAUCACAACUCCCAAAAAACGAAAAGCACCUCCACCUCCUAUUAGCCCACUGCAGAGCUCUGGACCCUCUUCUCCCUCAGCUGUUACCUCCACUGGGACCCCUGCAUCCAACAAAAGUGAAACUCCCAGAAGAUUCAACUACAAGGAGGAUGAGGUUAGAGGAACGGCACUGAGAGAGGAGGUCGAGAAGCUCCAUGAGGAGAGAAACAUGUUGCUUGAGACAAUCGAAGACCUGAAGCAGACAGUGGAGCAGACGGUGACUUUCCCUGAGGUGGAGACAAAGGUCGAGCACAGUUUUCCAGCGUCUGCAGCUCUGGUUUCUGCACUGCAAACCAAGAUUACUGCUCUUACUUUGGAGAACCAGCAACUUGCAAGCAAACUCAAGAAACAUCCGUCCUUCCAAGGAAGUGAGGACCUGAAGGAGACCAGUCGUCCAAGCAGCAUGGCCUCCAACUCUUCCUUCCACUCCACCCAAGAUGAGUUUGAAUCAGUGCCACAAGUCCCCUCCACCACCCAGGUGGAAAGGGAAGACGGUUCAGGUGGUGUUUUUGUGAAACGGGUGGAAGAAGAGACUGAAGGAGCGAGCAAAGAGGAGAUCGGACUGUUGAGACAGGCGCUAGAGAACGUUCAGAUGAAACUACUAGAAACCAGGAAGGAAAACCGCUCGCUUCAGGCCCAGAUGAAACCCGAGCAAAGCAGAGAAAGAGGGGAGUAUGAAACCAUGAGGGAGAAAGGAAGAGAGGAAGAGCUGAUGGAGAGUCUAGCAGAGCUUCAGGCGAAGCUGACGGACACUCAGGAGAGAUACCACCAAGCUGUGGAGGAGGUGGAGGAGCUGAGAACGCAGGUGGGAAGGGGAGGAGGUGAGCCGAUGGAGAAACAGGAGGUCCAGAGAUGUUUGUCAUCCACAGUUGAACAUGAAGUGAAACAGCUGAAGGCCCAGCUCGUCCAAUCGGGAUGUGAGCAAGAGAAAGCUGCUCAACGAAUCAGACAGCUGGAGGAGGUGCUGAGGAGGGCAGAGGAGGAAAGACGGAGUGUAAUGGAGAAAGAACAGAGGACAGCGCAGAUUGAGGAGCUGUUCAAGGAAGCACAGGAGGAGAUUAGGAUGCUCCAGGAGGCUCUGAGAGGUACAGUGCCAGUCGAAGCUGCAGCCAAAGACUUUGAAGAAAUGAAGGCCGAGCUCAACGAGGUAAUUGCUGGGCUGCAGCGCCGCUUGCUGGAACUCUCACACUCCUACAGUGAAACUAAGAAUCAGUUGAGUGUUGCACAGAAACAUCUGGCCGAGGCCCGAGCUGAGAGCAGUGCAGCCUCAUCUCCCUCCUCAGAACAACAACAGCAGCAACAACAGGUCCAGGUGCUAAACAGCAAGGUGGAGGAGCUGCAGACGUUGUUAGCUGAGACAGAGAAGAAUUACUCUGGAGCUCAAGAGGAGAUUUCACGGCUGAAGCGGGAGGCAGAAGCUCAGGCACAGAGCUCUGUGGCCCUUGCUGACCACACACAAGUGAUGUCAUCUCUGGGAAAUGCCAUCAAAGAGCUGGAAAGCCAGUCAGAGGCCCUGAAAGAACAGUUACACCAGAAAACCAUGCAGGUGGAGGCUCUUCAGAACAGGCUGACGGCAGAGAAAGAUGUCACCCCGGAUGAUUCAGUCUCCCGUGUGGAGCACGAGACCGCGCGAGAGCAACUGGAGGGCGAGGUGAACCACCUGACGCAGCUCCUCCAGGGGGCCCUCAGGAAGCAGGAUGAGAUGGCUCUGGAGGCUGCUGAUGCAUGGCAGAAGGCGCGGGAGAAUCGUGCAGAGCGGGAGGCCCUGCAGGAGCUGGUGAUGUCGAGGGAGAAGGAGAACCAGAUGCUGACCUCCAGGUUGGCCGAGUCCCAGGAUGCUGUGUGUCAGCUCAAACAGCUGGUGGAGAAUCACGUUGCCUCAGAGAGAGAGAAAAACAAGAAGAUAGAUGACCUGUCACGGGAGGUGGGGAAGCUGAAGGACGCCUUAAACAGCCUAUCACAGCUCUCCUACACCUCUGGUUCUCCCUCCAAGAGACUGCAGCAAAAUCAGCAACUAGAGACAAUGCAGCAACAAAUCAAACAACUACAGUACCAGCUAGCUGAGUCAAAGAAGCAGCAUAAUGAGAUUGUGUCCGUCUACAGGAUGCACCUCCUCUAUGCUGUCCAGGGUCAGAUGGACGAGGACGUUCAGAAAGCCUUGAAGCAGAUCCUGAUGAUGUGCAAGAUGCCAAGCCAAGCCAAGGAGACCUGCUGAGAGACACUGGGCCUGGUUUCCCAAAAGCAUGUUGUGAACAAAACUGAAGCGUUGCCGUCAGCCGUAUCCACCACCGCAUGUCCUCCAGUCAGAAUUCACAUAUUGCUUGUACUGCUUACAAGCAAGGAACCAACACACCGUGCCUCUGGAUAAACCUUGAGUAUUGUUAAUGAUGAAUAGGUUUACAAUCAUAUAUUCAUUGCCUUCGCUAAUGUUACUUUGACCAACUGCAAUCUAAAGGUCAUCAGUGUUACACUGUUUUUGGGAAACCCCAGCCCGGCAUUCAGAUACUGUACAUCAGCCAACUGACCACUCAAACGAGUGUGUGAACCAGGUGGUUAUCUUCUGUGUACCAGCCAAACCUAUAAUCUCAAUAGAUGCACAUUAACACUACACGUUCAAUGUGCAGUAACUUUAAAUCACACGCAGUUGGACACGGUCCAAUGAAAACAGGUUGAUGUGGUUUGUUCCUGUUACAAUGUGCGCUUAGAAAAAUAAAAGCCUCAGUUAGCGCUGCUGUUAAUAGUAUCUAUUUUAUGAUACAACAGUGUUUUUACUUGUUCAAUGUUUCAUGGUUGUCAACAUUUUUCUGAUACAAUCUAAAUUAUUUGUGCCCUCUUAACAAUGCAUGUGACUUUGCUCAACGCCAGCCCAAAAAUCACAUAGAAAUGGGGUUGUUUUGUUUUUUUUGGCCGCACUUCUACGAAGAAAAUGCAUGAUACUGUUUGUAUUGCUAUUUUCCUAUUAGCACAAAAAUUAUAAAAAUGUAUUUUACUGAACUGUAUUAUCAUGUCAUGUUUUCUAAGUUACUGUAUGUUAAUGAAGAGGUUUGAUAGUUGUAUUUUUGAUGGCCUUGUUUUGUGUCUGUUUUGUGUGAAUGAGAUGCUUUUUCCUUGAGUAUAACAACGCACUAUUUGGUCUAGUGACACCUGAAUUAGUUUAUUUCCCUGUCAUUAUUCAUGUUUUACAUAUAACAGGUUGAAUAUAAUUGUUUACUGUCAUAAAAAAAAACUACAUUUAAUUUCAAAUGUCAAACAGUGUGGUCUCAAUAUUCUUGUCUUUUGGAUUCAGAGGAUACUUAGGGGGUAAGAUUUUUAUUUCUUGCAUUUCCCUUCCUCUUGUCUCCAUUUAUGUUCUUACUUGAAAAGCAUGCAAAAUGUGUUGGCUGAAAGCAAAUGGUUGAGUUUUGUAACUAGAGUUCUGUCUGCUGUCACGUGCCUGUAAUCAGACUUUCAACUGAGCAUGACAGUCAAUAUCAGUAAUACUCUCUAUUGUCAUAGAUGCCAAUUUCACCAGGCUUCCUUCUACCAUUUUAUUAAUUUAUUUCAGUUACCAGAAAAGGUUUUCUGUUCGCAAUGCUCCUAUCUCUUUCACUUUGUCUUUGUAGGUACGGAUAUACACUGUACGGUGUUUGAGAAUACAUUUCAAAUGCAUUUCUUUGACCGCGUCCUCUAGAGACUUCUGAACUGUUUUCCCAUCACACUCCUUUGCCUUAGUACUGUAAUUAGAGCCAUAUGCUGUUGGAUAUCCCCUUUCUUCUGAACAGUGUUAGAGAUUAUUGUGAAUACACCCAACACUAACCUUGUUUAAUUGAAGUCAGAUUAAAUGAAUUUGUAUCUGACUGACAGAAGCUUGUUCUCACUCAGGAACUUUUUUACUGAACACAUACACCUGACUGAGAUUUGUUCGACCCUGAGUAGAGCUCUUGCUUUAUUUCAUAGGUUGUAGAAUAUCAUAAACAACCUCUUUUUUUCUCUGUAGGCCUUGACUGAAAUGUUUUGUAACAAGAAAGGGAAAAGAAAAACAACUUUCUUGCAGGUUGUUUCUUUACUAACAGUUUUGUAGUGACAUGAAAAAAAAUGCUUGUUUGCCAACUGCUUUUUGCCCACUUUAAUAAAUUUUCAAGAUACUGUA